CAGAGAGCGACCCGCAGCCAGUCCACUCAGUGCUGCCUUCAUCCUGCAAAGACAGACCCACGCUGCACGGCUCUGAGCUGCGCGCAUCUCAGCUCUGCGCGGAGUAAAAAAAACUCAAACAUCUGGAGGAGGACAGAGAAACCCCACUCUGCUCUGCCCCGCUGUUUUUGUUUUUGUUUCUUUUAUUUUUUAUAUAUAUUUUGCGUCAGUAGAGAAAGUGCAGCUUUUCUAAAAAAAAAGUUGAAAGCAGUCAGAAGGAAAGAGUUGAAGCCGAAACAAACCGCGCUUUGGGAACUUCAUCACGCAGGUAGGUGAAUGGAUCUCCACCGCCCCUUCAAGAUGGACAGCCCCUCCUAUCUCCCAACUCCCCUGGCCUCCCCGGCCCUGAUGGUCCUGGCCUCCACAGCAGAGGCUGGCAGAGAUGCCUCCGUCCCCUGCCAGGCGCCCAGGCCUUUUGGGGUUCCGGUUUCUGUGGAAAAGGACCUUCACCUGCCCUUUCCUUCACCCUCCUACACCUUCACCUCUAUGUACCAGCGUCAGGCUCCCAUGUCGGGCACCUUCCCUUCCCGGGACUUCCCAGCAUCACUGCUCCAUCUGCAUCCUCAAUUCACCCCUCCAAACCUGGACUGCUCUACCCUGGGCAUGCUCAACCACAGCGGGCUGGGGGCUUUUCGGCCUUUUGCCUCCCCACAAGAGGAGAGGGAAUCCGGGGGCUACCAGUCUGCCUUCAUCCCCGCCAAGAGGCUGAAGGGCUACUUCCCGGAAGUGGAGGGGAAGGAGUUUGACUUUGGACCCUUGAAAGCUGUGGAGGAGACGGGGAGGAAGUUGUUCUCCAUGUCUGGCCUGCUGUCUGAUGGCGAGGCUUCAUUGAGCCCGGAGGAGCGCAAAGAACACAGUAAGGUGAAAGGUCACUAUGACACUCAGGCACCUGUGUGUCCAGUCUGCCAGGCCGUGCUGCAACAAGGUGAGCUGCAGGAUCACAUGGAGCAGGAGUUGUCCAAAAUUGCCCAUCUACAGAUCAGCCCCGCUACUGUGCAGCAGGACCAUCUCAUAAGAACACCAAAGUCUCUUUCCCUCUCUCUGCACAUCAAGCGUGAAGGAGUCUCUCCCACUUCACCCUCUCGGCCAUCUGAGGAACCCCACUCAGACCGAUACCAGACGUUUCUCAGAGUGCGAGCCAACAGACACACAAGACUAAAUGUCGAUGACCUCUGCUGGUGCAGGUGCUACGUCAAAUCCACCCCAUUGCGCCCACACAGCGCAGGAGCCCACCUAGACUGCACACAAACUGUCAGGAUCGGGAAGCUUAGGAGGAGAAAACCUGAAGAAGGACAGGAGGCUUCAGCAGACUUUGUGCCGGUGGAGGACGAGUGGAAUGAGAGGAGAAGGACGCAGAUGACAGCUAUAGGGUUUAAAGGUGCAACGCUGGUGAGCACAACUUCUAAGGAGUGUCGGGACAGCGACGCAGACCUGGACGUUGAUGGAGACGAUACUCUGGAGUAUGGAAGAGUGCAAUACACUGAGACAGAUGUGAUCCCCUGCUCAGGAGAAAGCUCCAAAGAGCCAGCAGCAAAUAGCAGCGUGUUGCCCGAUUCCAGACCGAAGCUCGACUUUCCCAAAUGGCCAAAUGAUGGGAGUCCUUCUACAAGCAGUAGAGAGAAGCAGGACACCAGUGUAGCCAGUCUUCCCAGAACCUGCAGAAACGCAGAGAUAGAGCUGUUUUCAGAGGACUCCACGCCGACAACCCUGGACACGCUUAAAGCUCGGAUCCGAGACUUGGAGAAACAGCUGUCUAAAGGAGACAGAUUUAAAUGCCUCAUCUGCAUGGACACAUACACAACACCGCUCACCUCCAUCCAGUGCUGGCAUGUCCACUGUGAGGAGUGCUGGCUGCGGACCUUGGGCGCAAAGAAGUUGUGUCCUCAGUGCAACACCAUCACGUCACCUGGAGACCUGAGACGAGUUUAUCUGUAGCUCGCAGUAACAGCAGAAGGAACUUUCUAAGUUUCAGCCAGGGCUGGCGGUGUGGGGCAGCUGGUCUGUCCUACAUGUCCGCCUUCAUCCUCACAACCUCCUGUUUUUAAAUGAACUACUAACAUCCUCUGAUAUUCUCUGACCGGCUCCAAGGUCGACCUUUGUGCUGCAGAAAGAAACAUCGAGUGAGAGCUCAGGCACUAAAAAUGCUUUGGGAAAAUAUUUAUGUUUUUUUAUCUUUUGUCUGUUUUAUGGGGGAAAAUCUUGAAUUUAACUGAACUAAAAGCACAUGUAUAAAGUAUUGUGUAUGUAUGUAUUGGGUGCUGUGUGUAUAUGAUGUUGACUAGCACAACAGCCUGGAUGUAUUUACUGUACAGACUAUUGUCUUUGCUUAGUUUCUUUCUUAUUUGUGCUACUUUAGGUUUCAAAUAUUCACUGUAAUCUCAUUACUAUCAGUCACAUUUCUGUCUCUGUCAUCAAUGCUUUUCUUUGUAUUGCUUUAUUAAACAUACUUUUUAACAACA